GCUGCAUGUGCCGUGGGUCUGGUGUUCAGUGCGGUUCGGGCCGAAAAGGUGUCGCAGAUCAAUAUCAAGCAUGAAGUGUUUAUUGGCGGGUACGCUAGCUUGCACGCUGGUCCUCACGGUGCAGGGAUUCUACUCCAGCAGCGACGACGUGGUGGAGCUCAACCCAUCCAACUUCAACCGAGAGGUUCUUCAGAGCGACAGCCUAUGGCUGGUGGAGUUCUAUGCCCCUUGGUGUGGUCAUUGCCAGAGGCUGACUCCUGAUUGGAAGAAAGCUGCCACAGCCUUAAAGGGCAUCGUGAAGGUUGGUGCAGUGGACGCAGACCAGCACAAGACACUGGGCGGUCAGUACGGCAUCCGCGGCUUCCCCACAAUCAAGGUCUUCGGAGCCAACAAGAAUAAGCCUGAGGAUUACCAAGGUGGCCGCACCAGUCAGGCCAUUGUUGAUGGGGCCAUGAAUGCCCUGCGCUCCCUGGUCAAGGAGAGGUUGAGUGGAAGGACUGGAGGGUCAGACCAAAGCAGACAGAGUGGAGGCAGCAGCAGUGGAGGAAGCAAGAAAGACGUGGUGGAGCUGACGGAUGACAACUUUGACCAGAUGGUGCUGAACGGCGAGGAUGUGUGGAUGGUGGAGUUCUUUGCCCCCUGGUGUGGCCACUGCAAGAACUUGGAACCCGAGUGGGCAGCUGCUGCCACUGAGGUCAAGGAGCAGACCAAAGGCAAAGUCCGCCUGGGAGCUGUGGAUGCCACUGUGCACCAGGGCCUGGCCAGUCGCUACGGGAUCCGUGGAUUCCCAACCAUUAAGAUCUUCCAUAAGGGUGAGGAGCCAGAGGACUAUGAUGGAGGACGGACCCGCUCGGACAUCGUGGCCCGGGCCCUCGACCUCUUCUCUGCAAAUGCCCCCCCACCAGAGCUGCUGGAGAUACUCAACAAUGACAUCCUGAAGAAGACCUGUGAAGACUACCAGCUGUGCGUCAUCUCUGUGCUCCCUCACAUCCUGGACACAGGUGCUGCAGGCAGGAAUGCCUACUUGGAGGUGGUGAUGAAAAUGGCUGAGAAGUAUAAGAAGAAGAUGUGGGGUUGGCUGUGGACAGAGGCUGGGGCUCAGAUGGAACUGGAGUCAUCUCUGGGCAUCGGGGGCUUCGGCUACCCUGCCAUGGCUGCUAUCAACGCUCGCAAGAUGAAGUUUGCCCUGCUUAAGGGCUCAUUCAGUGAAACAGGCAUUCACGAGUUCCUCAGGGACCUCUCGAUGGGACGGGGCUCCACAGCAUCAGUCGGAGGAGGGGUGCUGCCCAAAAUCCAUGCCGUUGAGCCCUGGGAUGGCAAAGAUGGAGAGCUGCCAGUGGAGGAUGACAUUGAUCUGAGUGAUGUGGAGCUGGACGACUUGGGGAAGGACGAGUUGUGAGUCCAGUGGCGCCUGGUCUGGUGAAUCCCAGCCUGUUUCUGCUCUCCCGUGGAUGAGGAGAAACCAGGACGCUCAAGUUUCGUUGUUUUUGAUUUUUGUUUUUUUAAAAAAAAAAAAAACCUGACUUCAGAAGAAAAGAAAUGCACUCGCACAGCUUUUGUUUGUCUCUCUGUUAGUCUGGGAAGCGGGAGGCGUGCCUGAUGUGCCAGGGCGGGGCUUCAAGCGCCUCCUGGCUCAGCCGUGUGUCCUGGCUGAGCGGUCAAAUUGUGGUCACAUGUCAACUCAUGGACUUGACCUCGUGGGGUCUUGCUGUGCAACCGGGUCAGCAGCUGAGCGCUUUUGGACACGACCUGAUUCAGACGUGCCUCCCCCCAAUCCUCAUCCAUCAACCCCUGCCCCCACGCACAGAGACUCAGUUCAGAAAAUGUGAUUUCAGACUGAUCCAUGGUAUCAAUCGAUUUCUGUUCACCUGUUUCCUGCUGUAAUUUGGCCCGAGGAGGAAAAGCCAAUGUUGUGUGUGCUUUUUGCUGAG